AGACUAAUGUUUGCCUUUUUGGUAUUUUGGUAACUUUUCUUCCAAAUUCUCCUCAGACAACGCUGAAGUGAGAGCAGAACAUGGACGUAGUUGUGCGCCAUAACCACAGAGGACACAAUGAGUCUGCUGUCCAGGCCGAGCACUUGAAACUGCCGGACCUAGGACUGAGACUGAAAGCUCAGGACAUUCACAACAACUACCUCUUCAAAGACAACAUCCCAGAAUACCCAAGGCCAGAGUUCUGGGUUUCCCAGCUCAAACACGACACGAAUGAAGGCGGGCUAUUUGGCAUAGCCGUCGAAAGCCAAGGGGGGUUCUGUGCUAGGGACAGAGAAGAGGGACCAGAGGACCCAGAAGAGGGACCAGAGGGUUUGGACCUGCUGUGGUGGAGCUUGUCUUUGGGAGCAGAGGAGAUGGCCUCGGCUGAACAACGUCUGCUCCAGACCAGGUACCCUGACAGGACAGAGGAGCAGGCCAGGCAGCAGAAAUCCUUCCUGCAGAGGUUCGCCACCUCACCUGCCUUCCUGAACACCUCUCGGCUGGGCUCCUACCGCUUCACCUUCCCCCUGGAGGAGCUGCUUAAGAGAUACCGGGAACAGCUAUGUGGUGGACACGAGCCAAUCCUGCGUGUGUAUGAGACAGUCCUGUACAAACAGGAGGUGAUGUACUCAGUGCUAGUCCACAGUCACUUCAACAACGACCUCUUUGAGAAGUACCCUCUCCUCCAGGACAAUGACGAUGGAGUCUGCGCUUACAGAGAUGGACAAAUCAUUUGGAGACCCGAGGCCAUGUGUAACACACACAGCUUCAAACUGGUGCUAAAGCCCUACCAGAACCAGGUUGUAGCCCACCUGAUCCCUGAUCCACAGAAACACCAGUUCUACGUUUGGGACAACAUUGCUGUAGCGUUCCACAUGGACGGUUCACAGAUGUUGACCUUCGAUAUGUACAAUUUGAGAGCCCAUCUGAGAUUCUGUGAGCCAGGAACGCCACCAAUAUCCCCCGACUGUGAGUUCACCACAUACGAGGAGGCCAAAGACAGGGUGGACUGCUAUUGGCCUUACUACCAUACCCCCCUGUUCUGAUAAACUUACUACCACACACCCCCGUUCUGAUAAACUUACUACCACACCCCCUGUUCUGAUUAACUUACUACCACACCCCCCUGUUCUGAUUAACUUACUACCACACCCCCCU